UUCCGUCGCGUCCCAGUGACGUCAGUGGUUCUUCCAUCAUGGCGGCCGAGGGCUGUGAGGAGAUGAGCGGCAACGGGGUACCCGAAGAGUCUUCAGCCAUGGAUGUCACCGAGGCUCCACCGCCGCCGCCUCCUCCUCCACCUCCUCCUCCCGAGGCAUCAGAAGAAAACGGCGGUGCAGCUGUGGCCCUCGAGGCUCCUGCAGGCCCCGACAACUACUCCGCGGCCCCAGCAGCAGCAGGGAGCGAGGAGGGGGCCCUACCUGCAGACUUCGAUCGUCUGUGGAAAGCCACACAAGACAACCCUCAGGACUUCACCAGCUGGACUGAUCUGCUCCAGUACUGCGAACAUGAGGGUCACGUUGUAGCGUCCCGCAGAGCGCUGGAGGCCUUCCUGGUCCGGUAUCCACUCUGCUACGGCUAUUGGAAGAAAUUUGCUGACCUGGAGCGCCGAGCAGGGGACAACAACAAAGCAGAGGAGGUGUGUAUCCGCGGCCUUCAAGCUAUUCCUUUGAGCGUAGACCUUUGGAUCCACUACGUUAAUCUGCUGCUGGGAAUACUGGACAUGAAUCUGCCGGAUUCAGCAGGACGGAUUCGCAGCGUUUUCGAGAAAGCUGUUGCAGCAUGCGGUUUGGACUUCCACUCGGACCGUCUCUGGGAUCUCUACAUGGAGUGGGAAAAGGAGCAGGGCAACAUGAGGAACGCAGCGGCCGUCCUGGACAGAGUGCUCAGAGUUCCCACCCAGCUCUACAGCUCCCACUACGAAAAAUUGAAAGAGCACCUGAACAGCCAGCCGCCUAAAGACGUGCUCUCCUCUGAGGAGUACGAGGAGCUGAGGGCGUCGUGCCGGCAGAGCCAGAAGGCAGAGCGCGCCGAACAGGCCCAGGAGGCGGAGGAGGAGAGGCCGCCGGGGGAGGAAGAGCCCGCUACGCCCGAGGGAGCAGACUCAGAGGAGCUGAUGCAGAAGAUAAGAGAUCAGGUGUUGCUUCGUAGGGACAAAGUCUACAAAGACAACGAGGACGAGGUCCGGAAGAGGUGGAACUAUGAAGAUGCUAUCAAGCGCCCAUAUUUCCACGUCAGGCCCCUGGACCGCCUCCAGCUCCGAGCCUGGCACUCUUACCUGGACUGGGAGAUCGCUGAGCUGAACAGGGACACCAGAGAACCCACACCAGACCAGGACCCACAAGAUCCAAACCAGGAAACGACAGAGGAGUCUGAGGUCACAACGCGGCGUCAGGAAGCAUCAGAUGAUGCUGCAGCAGCGCAGGGCGACUACAGAGUCCGCAUCCUGUUUGAGCGCUGCCUGAUCGCCUGUUGUCUGUACGAGGAGUUCUGGACCAGGUAUAUUCAGUACCUGGAGCCGCAGAGUGUGGAGGAGGCCCGGUCUGUCUACAGGCGAGCCUGUGAGGUCCACCUGCCUAACAAACCCAACAUCCACAUGCAGUGGGCCACCUUUGAGGAGAGGCAUGGUAACCUAACCGAGGCCCGGCGGGUCCUGGAGGCCCUGGAGAAAAGCGUCCCCGGUCUGGCUGUCGUUCGCAUCCGCAGGGCCGCUUUAGAGCGACGCGCCGGCCAGCUGGACCAAUCAGAGGCCUUGCUGCGAGAGGCGGUGGCCGAGUCCAAAGAGAGGCCGACGCUGCACGCCUUCUACUCCAUCAAGCUGGCUCGUCUGCUGCUCAAAGUGUCCAGAGACCCCGACGGCGCCCGCAGAGUUUUACAGGAGGCGCUGGAAAUCAGCCCGGAUAAUGACAAGCUGCACUUGAACCUGUUGGACCUGGAGUCGUCUGGGGACCCCUGGGCUUCAGCCGAGGCGGUGCAGGAGUGUGUGACUCGAGCACUGGCAGCUUCCCUCACCCCACAAGUCAAGUUACUUCUGUCACAGAGAGGCCUCCAGUUCACCGAGGAGUACAGCGACUCUGUUAAGAGCGUGCUCUCCGUCUACGAGGCGCACCAGAAGCUAUUGGACGAGUUGGGAGGAACAAAGAGAGAAGCAGAAAACGGGGACGAGGAUCCAGAGAAAAUGAGCAGAACCGACGACGGCUCUGCUGCUGCUGCUGCGGCCGCAGCGUCGCAUGCGGCCAUCGCCACGCCGCCGCCUCCUGUGAUGGCCGCCGACACGAGCGCGCAGGCCGGAUACGGAGCGUACAGCAGCUGGUACCAGCAGCCGCAGUACGGCGGCUAUGGCGGCUACGGUAACUACGGCUACCAGAACACCUGGAACUACAACCAGGGCUACUAUCCGCCCAGUUAGACAGAACCGCAGCUUCUCCAGAGCCAGUCGGGUCCAUCAGGGCGACAGACUUAAACUAUCAGCCCUGCUGAAACGUAUCCCAGCAUGCCUCUGCGUCUUCAGCUGGAGGCCGGUCUGGAGGACGGCUCGUUUAACGUCGGGUCUGAGGAGCCGGGGGGGGGGAAGGGAAACCGUGGCAACCAUUUUCUGUAAAGUCUCUUGAUUUUAAUUAAAAUUAUUUUCGUAUUUCUUGUCAAAUCAAUCCUUUCACUCAUGUUUUAAAGUCGCCUGCUUUUAUUUAACUUUUUUAAUUUUGAACUAUUCCUGUCGGCUGUUUUUUUCUUUGUUUGUUUUUUAUGUAUAUAAAAGAUGUUGUUUUUUUUAGUGUGUCACAUAUAAGCUUUUUUAGAUUGUACUGCUCAACUCGAUAUAGGCAGACAGCAUCGUUUCUUUACAUACCUAGAUGUAGAAAUAUAAGUGUGGAACGUUCUGUGGUAGAAAUACAGCCUGUUUGAAAGUC